ACUCCAUGUCUUAGCUCAGACUUCAGAGUCUUCGCUUCUCUUUCUCUCUCUUCUUUUCUUCGACUCUCUCUCUCUCUCUCUGCACGCGAUCUCUUCGGUUUCGAGUUGUUCUCUCCAUUUGCGCAAGCGGGACACUGCGAUUCGAGAGGAUAAACGCUAAGCGCUGGAUUUGUGAGUACUAUAGUCGGUUCAGUGGAAGUUCGUAGAUUCAAGCGGGAUUCUUCAAUCUUUCUUCUCUAGAAUGUGGUACUUCGCAUAUUGAUCACUGCUGGUACUAAUUUGAGGAGAGCGCUGUUUGGAGUGAUUUUGAAGCGAGGAUUUGGAGAAGUCUAAAUCCUUGCACAUGUUUGUAAGAGUCAACAUUGUGUUGAUGAAUGUUGAACUUUGGGAUUUUCAUGAAUAACUGCUGAUGAAGCAUUCUUUAACAGGGUUUUAAUUGUGUCCGUUGUUCAAAAAAUUGAUAGCAGUGGCAGUUCAUAUUCUUCUUCAUAGAAGAAUGAUACUCUUGGGAUUUGGGUGGAACAAUUGAAGCUUGAAAGGGUUGUAAAUGCUACAGUUGUUGUUUGUUAUCACAUUCGUUUGCAGUGUUAUCCUAUAAUCUUUAAUCCUGAAGAAUGGAUUGAAUUUAGAAAUCAUUGCUCAUUGAAUCUGUAGACUUGCAAAACUAAAAUAUGCCUUCAUGGUGGGGGAAGUCAUCAUCCAAGGAAGCAAAGAAGAAAACUAGCAAGGAAAGUUUCUUUGACACAUUACAUCGAAGAUUCAAGAUUCCAUCUGAUGGUAGGCUGAACAGUAGAUCAGCCACAUCUCGAAGACAUUGCAGUGACACAAUCUCAGAGAAGGGGAUCCAAUCCCAAGCAGAGUCAAGAUCACCAUCGCCUUCAAAACAAGUAUCAAGGUGCCAAAGUUUUGCUGAAAGACCCCGUGCUCAACCUCUACCACUUCCUGGUCUAAGCCCUGCAAGUGUAGGCCGCACUGAUUCUGGAAUCAGUUUGUCAACAAAACCACGAUUAGAGAAGGGCUCAAAGUCGUCAUUGUUUCUGCCUCUGCCUAGGCCUGUAUGCAUCCGUGGCAGGCGACAUCCUAGUGAUUUAGAUGGUGAUUUGGCAACUGCUUCUGUUUCUAGUGGAAGCUCCAUUGAAAGCGAUGAUCCUGUUGACUCACAUCAACGAAGUCCCAAAGAAGCUGACUAUGACAAUGGGAGUAAAACUGCAGCAAGCAGUCCUUCCAGUGCAAUGCUCAAGGACCAAUCUUCUACUAUCACACAAUUUAACCCAGGAGAAGUGCAAAAGCCGCCUAAUUUGUUAUCCAGUAAUCAUAGCUCCCAUGCAUCUCCCAAACGAAGACCUUUGCGUGGACAUGUGCCAAAUCUGCAGGUUCCACCCCUUGGUGCUUUCUGCAGUGCUCCAGACAGCUCAAUGUCGAGUCCCUCUAGAAGUCCAAUGAGAGCAUUUGGCAAUGAGCAAAUAAUGAACUCAACUUUUUGGGCAGGAAAGCCUUACCCAGAUGUUAAUUUACUUGGAUCUGGCCAUUGCUCCAGUCCAGGUUCAGGAUACAAUUCUGGGCACAAUUCGAUGGGAGGUGACAUGUCAGGACCAUUAUUAUGGCAACACAGCAGGGGUAGCCCAGAGUAUUCUCCUAUACCUAGUCCUAGAAUGACUAGCCCAGGUCCCAGCUCCAGAAUCCAGAGUGGUGCUGUUACUCCUCUUCAUCCCAGAGCUGGAGGUGCAGCCACAGAUUCACAAACAAGUUGGCCUGAUGAUGGGAAACAGCAGAGUCAUCGGUUACCCCUUCCUCCUGUAACAAUUUCAAACUCUUCUCCUUUCUCUCAUUCAAACUCAGCUGCAAAUUCACCCUCGGUACCCCGAAGUCCAGGAAGAGCAGAGAAUCCAGCAAGCCCUGGUUCAUGCUGGAAAAAGGGGAAAUUGCUGGGUAGAGGCACAUUUGGACAUGUUUAUGUUGGUUUUAAUAGUGGAAGUGGUGAGAUGUGUGCAAUGAAGGAGGUUGCAUUAUGUUCUGAUGAUGCAAAGUCAAAGGAAAGUGCGAAGCAGCUUGGGCAAGAAAUUACUCUACUGAGCCGCUUACGGCACCCCAACAUUGUGCAGUAUUAUGGAUCUGAAACGGUCGGUGACAAACUUUAUAUAUACUUGGAGUAUGUAUCUGGCGGCUCAAUCUAUAAACUUCUUCAAGAUUAUGGACAAUUUGGUGAACCAGUGAUUCGUAGUUAUACUCAACAAAUACUAUCGGGGCUUGCAUAUUUGCAUGCUAAAAAUACUGUUCAUAGGGAUAUUAAAGGAGCUAAUAUACUUGUGGACCCGAAUGGCCGUGUCAAAUUGGCUGAUUUCGGAAUGGCAAAGCAUAUUACUGGGCAGUCAUGCCCAUUAUCAUUCAAAGGAAGCCCUUACUGGAUGGCGCCUGAGGUUAUAAAAAACUCAAAUGGUUGCAACCUUGCUGUGGAUAUAUGGAGCCUGGGAUGCACAGUUUUGGAAAUGGCGACAACAAAACCACCUUGGAGCCAGUUUGAGGGGGUUGCUGCUAUGUUUAAGAUUGGUAAUAGUAAGGAACUUCCAGCUAUUCCUGAUCACAUCUCAGAUGAUGGAAAGGAUUUUGUUAGGCAGUGUUUGCAGCGCAAUCCGAUACAUCGUCCUACGGCUGCUAAGCUUUUGGAGCACCCUUUUGUAAAAAAUGCUGCACCUUUGGAAAGACCUAUUCCUGGCCUGGGUCCUUCAGAUGCAUUUCCUGCAGUUACAAAUGGAGUGAAAUCUAUGGGCAUUGGACAUGCAAGAGAUUUUUCCUCCUUGGAUUUAGAAAGACUGGCAAUCCACUCAUCUAGAGUUUCAAAAACUGGUGCAAUUUCCAGUGAUACCUAUGGUCUGAGGUACAUAUCAUGCCCAGUAUCUCCGAUUGGGAGUCCUCUUUUACAUGCACGGUCACAACAACUAAAUGGAAGAUUGUCUCCUCCUCCGAUAUCUAGCCCACUUGCCACUUCAGGCUCAUCCACGCCUCUUACAGGGGGCAAUGGUGCGAUCCCAUUUCCUCACUUGAAACAGUCAGUUUAUUUGCAAGAUGGUUUUGGAAAUAUGCCGAAGCCCCUAAAUGGUAUCUACAUCAAUGGUUCCUCCUAUCAUGAUCCAAAUCAAGACAUUUUUCGAGCAAUGCAGCCAGGAUCUCACAACAUGAGAGAUAUGGUGUCCUCAGAAAGUGGAAGGCAGUUUGGAAAGUCUGCUAAUGGGGAAUUGUGUGAUGGACAAUCAGUCUUGGUUGAUCGUGUUUCUCAGCAGCUCUUAAGAGAUCGUGUGAGGUUGAACCCAUCGCUGGAUCUUAGCCCCAGCUCCCUGUUGCCCAGCCGCUCAAAUUGUAUAUAACUUCAUGCCUCCCCAUACCCUCCCCAGAACAAACUCUCAACUUCCAUCAAGUGAUUCAUCUGAUUCUACUUACAAACUUAUUUGAUACAUGAACUUCCAUGGAAGCUGUUGUUCAACGGAGGGCCAGGCAGAAGAGAGUGAUGAUUUUUAAGCUGAAGUGGCUGGCACCAACUUCCGGUUCUACCAAUUGCAGCAUUAAGCUCUUUGUGCAGUCAGCAAGCUAAGCUGUCGUAAAGAAAUCGAUACUUCAUGUUGGAUGUUUGGCCUGACCUACUGCCUAUGCACUCGGGUGAAGCUCGCCUAAUGCUCGAACACAUGAAGGGUUUAAAGCCCGGGAGGCUUCUGAUGAUCCUUUAAAUGGCAGCUCCACAGGGUAAAGACACUUGUUGUAGCAGGGAAGAACUGUAUAUUUUUUAGGUCAUCUUACAAGGGGGAAAAAAAAGUUCAAAAUGUUAAUUAGACUUCGGACUUCUUUUUUUUUUUUAGAUAUUUUUUGGUUGAGGUUGCUGUAUAGGGAAUGGUGAAGCCUUGUCGGGGUUUAAGUUUUGUUGAUGAGGCUGGGCUGGGGGCUAUUUGAAGAGCCUGCUGCACAUUUGUUUUGUUGCAAGAGUUGAUGCCUGCUCAAAGUGUAAUUGUGACUUUCAUACUUUGCAUCUUAUUGUUUUAUGUACAUUACCACCGCUUCAUUAAAUUGAAUCAAGAAAGACCUGGCAAUCCAUGAAACUGAAGAAA